AUGGGGGAAGUCUUUCUCGACACAACACUCGGCCUCCUGUCGUCUGAUAAACAGAGGACCCGUUCAGAGGGUUUAGCUGACCUCAAGCAUAUCCUUCAGCGAAACACAGGCUCGAAGUUACAAAAACUCAACGAUAAAGCUUGCCAUAAGGUUUUCGAGUCAUUAUUUCGAUUCAUCGCAGCAGAAAGAUUAUUAUACAACAAAGGUCAGACGAGCUCUAGGAGCUCAUCUGCAUUAAGACUCUCAACAUGUGCAUCGGUCAUCCGGAUGGCCGUUGACCUAUUCUUGAGAAAUCUGAGGAUCAAAACAAUCCGUGCGAUCAUCGAUCAUAUCACCGAAACUAUCCCAGUCCCCGGAGAAGGUCUGUGGGAACCCUUGAGCUUAGAUUACAUUAAGAGCCUGGUAUCACUUCUGCGCUACCGACCUCAUGUGGAGCAUCUUGAUGAAGACGACUGGGAAGCCCUCAUUGGAUUUUGCCUUGCCAGUAUAGCCCAACAGGAUAAUGAAGAGAGCCAGCUCAGCAUUCGGAGUACUCGGUCUGGGUACGAUGAUCCUGAUGCAAGCGACGGUCGUUCAACGCCCUCUAGGAUGACCCCUGCUCCAGCCAACAGAGAAAGACACAGCACCAAUCGGAAUUCCAUUGAGGAGGUGAUGUUGUGCAUACAAUGCUUAACAGCAGCUCCAAAUGCCUUUCUUCAGACAACGGCCCAGACCAUUCUUCACGGGCUGGUGGGGCUCGUCGAAUCGCCUUCUAUCAGCGUGGCUGGUAAUGCACACCAGCUUGCGUUCAGUAGCAUCAAUGCAGUCGUUGCGAAAGUUCUAUUCGAUCAAUCCGAGCUUGUUUGUUCGUCUCUGUUGAGAUUGGUCCCAGUAAUCCGUCGCCUUUGGGCUACAACCAAGCUACAGGCCUUGAAGGAUGAACUACUCGUCACUUUGAUGUUGUCAAUGGUGAUACUGGUGGAUGCUGUGCAAAAGGAUCCAUCUGAAGCACUGGCACAUGACAUCGAGGAGCUGGUCAGUAUGCUUCAUUCGGAAUACGUGGAGCAUUCUGCCAAAAAGAGUUUACAAAUCGACGAGAUAGUGUUCUGCCAGAACGACAAAGAGUGUGAAAUGCCCGUAUAUGGACCUCGUCUAGGUAACGCUAGAUCGGAGUAUAACUGGACGGUGAUCUGGAUGAUUGCAGAGCUAUUCAAGCUCUCAGAAGACAUAAAUGGCCGGGUCAAAGCCACUGAAUCUCGCGAAGAGUCUGUCAAAAAAACGCGCCUUAAGUCCGAGAUUCAAGACAUCUUCCGAGAUGCAGUCUCGGCAACAGGCACAAGACGGACAUGUGCGUUGCAACUAAUUCCGUUCCUUGAAUCUGAGCUCGAUAUCGAAACCAAGGAGAUAUUCCUGAAGAGGCUCGUCUUCAGCAUCUCUGAUGACAACACCACGGUGGCAUCGUGGACAAUGGUUGCUUUGACAAGUAUUGCGAAGGGGCCAAAUGCGAAGUCACCUGAGAUUAGAGCUCACUGGCCGCGAGUUGUUGAUCUUGCCACUCGUAAUUUCUCAUCUCCAUUAACUUCAAGGGCUGCUUGUCACCUUCUGUGCACGAUUCUACAGUCAGAUCUGUUGGAUUACUCAGUUGCCAUGGAAAAAACACGUUCAACCUUGGCUUCCGCCAAUGGGCCAUCUGCCAUCUCGGACUCAUCUCUUAGACUAUGGACCUUUAUUGCCCGUAAAAGGACACAACUUGACCCUGGAUCCGCUCAAGAAACCGUGAAAGAGAUUUGUGGCUGGCUAAGGGAAGUUUGGACUCUUGGGAUGACCGAUCGCAUCCAAACAGCCCGAGUGGCCGUAUAUGCUCGCCCUCUGGACCUGCUCGAUUUAUUACUAUCAUGUACCAAUCGAUACUUCCCCAUACCUCACUAUCAUGUGGCCGGACCCAUGGGAAAUGUCGCUCGGAGCUGGUUCUUUCUUUAUGAGAAUCGUGAGCUGUUGGAAUACAAUUUUCACACCGGCGUUACUCAAUAUCCCAACCCAUGGGGAUCCUGGGAAGAACUAUCACUGGAAGAAUCGUCUAGGGAAGAUCCGGAAGAUGCAGCGAUAUUGGACCUCCUUCGUUUGAGGUCCGAAUCCUUCAUGCAAGCGUGGCAUGCCAUGAUCGAAGAGAAUUCACGCAUCACGCCAGAAAGCCUGCAGAUUUUCGCUUCAUUUUGUGUCGUGACUUAUCUCUUCACCUCAUGCCUGCCUCAAUCGACCCAAUCUAGAUCACAAGAGCUACAUCAAACUUGCUCGAGUCUUUGGAAAUCGAUCUGCAAUUUCCUGACAACUAACGAGCUUGCAUUCGCCCACAGUUGCCUAGAGUUGAUAUCGCCGCUUCUAGAGCCUUUGAUGAAUAACGAAACACCCUCCGCCAUUCAAAAUAGCCUGAAGGAGCUUGUUUCACCAUUGUCACAAGCACUUGAGCAUCUACGCCAGAGUUCAAAAGCUCCAUCUGAUGAUGAUCCCAUGGACUUAGAUGAUCGAUUCUCAACUGAACAGGCGUCAGCAGCAAUUGAUGAUACCAUUCUUGCCACAAACCGCAACUCCAAAUCUCUUUUCCUUGACGCAGACACCUAUCAACGCUGCGUGACCAUUCAGCUAUCGACAUAUCUUGCAUUCAAUGCAGAUUCCAGUUCCUCUGAGACUUCACAAAGAUCUCAUGCCAUUGAAUACCUGACAGGCUUAGAUGAAGCUGACAUCCUCUCAGCUCAAUCCAUAUUACCAAAGGUUUAUCGAAGAUGUUCGAGGUUCACACCUCCUGAACUGCUCUCAAUUCUUGAGGACUUGGGUGAAAAAUGCCUCCAGUCUUAUGAGAUGGAGAGAUGUGAAGCCUCACUAUGCGUUUGUAUUGGCAUGAUGGCCAGCUUUCAAGACUCAUGGACAAUUGGAAAUGAUGAAAAUCUCAAGGAAUCUGCCAUGGAUCUGUAUCAAUGGUUCUUGGAAGUACCAUUGGCUCGGAAGCAGGCUACUUCUGAGGUCUCCAUUGCUUUAGCUGGACUCAUUCAGGAUGUGCUGGGAAGCUCCUCCUCAUAUGGCAAUCAGCGGUCCCUUCCAUCACCGCGAACAAGCUUGUUCACAAUACUUCGCGAAGGCGACGUACGAGUCAAGUUCAGCAUUGCGAAGUUCAUUCCAACUCUAUUCGAACGAUUUCGUUUCAAAGAUCACGAUGCAAUAUUUGACGAUAUACUGGAAACUCUACCUCGAGAUCCAGAAUGGAUUGAGGGUAUUGCAAUCCGCCUCUUUGUGCUUUCACAACUAGCUUCGAGGUGGCACACACUGCUGCGAAGAAGCAUUUACCAUUUGUUUGAAACCCCGGCUCAAGUGCCACAGUCUCUGUGGUAUGCCGAGAAGUGUAUGAGAUCGGUCUCGCGGUUACUUGGCCUUCAAGAUGCCAAAGAGCUUUUCCGGCUUUUUUCCUCUCAAAUCCUUUACACAUGGACAGAGACACAGGAUGUCAUGUCAAUGCCAUCAAGUAUUUUUGGGUAUGAAAAUCUCCAAGAGAUGCUUCUGGAUGUCAAAGAUGAGGUCGUUGGUCAAAUGAUCAUGCGUGCAAAAGAACAGGAAACAAUCGAGCUCGCCAAGCAAGUGAAGGUCGAUCAUCUUGAGUUCUUGACACAUUCUUUCCACAAAGCAGAGGCAUACAGCAUUGCACGCGACAUAAGCACUCCUCGGCAGAGCAGCCAGCCGAAGGGCGUCGAACCCCGUCUGCGGAAAUUGAUUGGCGCCGAGAAUUUCAUGAGUGAGGUCGAAAUACAAUUUCCCUCCAUCAUUGCCGAAUUUUUCAAAUCCCUCGACUACUACGACCAGAUCGAGAGAGCAUUCUCAAAGCGCAAAGAAGAAUUCGCUUACGCCCUAGACAUACAGACGCGGAUCUACGACAGGAGCCUGUCCCAUAGCGUACUACCAGCUAACCAACAACCGUCUUUUCGCGCACGUUACCUUCUGGACCAAAUCGAGGUACUCUGCGAUCGCACCGGAUUUGAAUUCUUAUCAAUUUGGACACCUUCGCUGGCAUCCUUUGUCUGCCGCUCGCUUUUUGAAACUAUACAUCCCGCUCUAGGCUCGCUUCAUGCCUGCUCAGUGAUUCGCAAAAUCAGGAUUGUGGUCUGCGUCGCUGGCCCGAUCAUACUGCAAGAUUAUCCCUUUGAGAUGAUACUCGGCUCUUUACGCCCCUUUCUUGGUGACAUUUAUUGCUCCGAGGAUGCCAUUGGCGUUGUUUGGUAUCUUCUUGAGGCCGGAAAGUCAUAUCUUCAGGAAACCCCAAGAUUCGCCGUGGGAAUAGCUGUCACAAUUCUCUUGACCCUCCGCGCGUUGUUCUCUUCGUCAUCUGAAAAUAGCACCCAGGAGAGUCAAAUCACAAUCGUGCAAGCAACUGCGCAAAAGUUUUAUGAAUGGCUUGUGGAUUUCUUUGGCACCCUCGGUUCCUCGGAUUGGGACAAGGAGACAAAAGAUUCAUUCCAUAGGAUACUCUCUCUGGCAGAGAAAUUUCCGACAUCCCCAAAGUCUUCAAUCGGACAAGUAGGGAGAGACCUGGCUUUUGAGGUACUUCAGGAUCGUGAUUCUACGACAUCGCUGCUCAGAAGGCCCGUGGCAGAUCUCGUUCUGUCACUUGUGUGUCCUGAGUUCGAGCAGACAUUCGAGAUCGGCGAUGAAUUUUCAGGCAUUGGUGAUCUGGAUGCUUCCCCCCAUGUCGUCUCUCUAUGGAAUACACUUCAAAACUUUGAUGGGGGCUCUCAGUAUCGACUCUGGGCCGCCCAGGUUAUUGGAAGGUCUUUCGCUGCUACUGGAAAGAUUGAUGAGUUGCUUGUCCGAGAACAAGAUAUCUCUCUUUUCGAAGUUUCCGAGCUGUUUGACCAAUCUUCUCUUCUCUGCUACUCCAAGUCACGGAUUCUUAGGGUUCUUUGUGACAUGCUGCAUAGACAACAGCAGGAUGAAGUUGGCCUUGUUGAACGCACCUUGCAGUCCAUCAUCAGUAUAAUUGCAGAUUACCCAGAUUUCCAAGGCUGCGACAAUGUUAUCCCCCAGUCUUUGAUGAAGGCACUCAUCUGGAGUCCAUACUCGUGUCCCAAUAUACCGCUCUCACACACUGAGCUGGAAAGGUGCGAAAAUGCCUCAUCCUCUACUGCUGGGCUUACUGUUCAUGAAUGGGCUCGUGAAAUCUCCUUGCUUCUAUCAAAUUCGGCUCUAGAUGACCCUGUCAUUGGCCCUCUUCGCAAAAUCAUGAAUGUCACGCCGAGCUUAGCCGCGCAGCUACUGCCAUAUGUGACGCAUGAUGUGCUGCUUUCAGAAAGAUAUGCCAAAGGUGAAAAAGGAGAGGUUCGGAAAACCAUCUCUGCGGCGUUUGGACAGGUUUUAAGUGAGAUCAGCGAAGAGAAGAUUCCUCAUGCACAGCUUGUCAUAAGCUGCAUUCUUUAUCUUCGCAACCAGCCUGUUCCAGACGAGUCAACGAUAGUACAGCGUGAUAAGUGGCUCGAUAUUGACUUUGGGGAAGCAUCCUCGGCCGCUCACCGAUGUGGGCUUCAGAAGACAUCUCUUCUGUUUCUGGAGAUUCAGACAUCCAAAGUAAUUUCAGGCUCUCGGCGGACGUCUGUUGUCAAGUAUGAGCCACCAGCCGACUUGUUACAUGAUGUCUUCAAGAACAUAGACGAUCCGGACUUGUUUUAUGGCAUCGAGCGAAGCUCAUCACUGGCCAGCGUCAUGGAGAAGCUAGAGUACGAAGGCUCUGGACUCAAGAACCUCUUGUUUCAAAGUGCGAGAUACGACAGUGAGAUCCAAAUGACUGACAGUGCAGAAUCAUACGGAGUGUUGAAAGCAUUAAAUUCAACCAACCUUCAGGGAAUCGCCAACACCAUGCUUUCUGCUUCGAGUAAUACAAAUGGUGCCUCGAUCGCUUUUGACAGUGCACUCCAAGCGGCGACCAGUCUUCAAAAAUGGGACUUGCCAGUCUCACCGUCAGAUCCAUCACCCUCAGCCACCGUGUUCCGAACAUUCCAGGGUCUGAACACAUUGGGUUCCUUUUCCGAAAUGAAGAGCUCAGUCGAGAAGGGCUUGUUAGCGACUCUUGAUAAUCUUAUCAAAGCUGGAUCCCCCGUUCAAACAGGUCGAUCUGCCAUACAGUUGCGAGCUUCGAUGCGGGCCUUGGGAAUCAUGACUGAAGUGAGCGACACUUUACACACUUCCUGUUCCGAGGAAAUAGAAGGGCAGUGGAGUAAGAUUACCACGAGAAGCCACUGGCUAAAGACAGAAAGCUACCAUGAGGUUAGCGAGAUUCUGUCUUGGCACGAAGCCUUGUUUUCAUCCAUCAGGAAAAGUGAUGUCCUCAAAUCACGGACAAAGUUGAGCCUUGUGGAUUCACGGUUGCUUGAGGCCAAGGCCAUCCGUCGAUCUCUGGAAAUCACCAGGAGCCAUGGUAACUCUCAAGCAUCGUUAAAGUCUGCAAUCAACCUCUCAAAAAUGGCCGAGCCGUCAUUUGAAUUGAACAUUGAUGGUGCAGCAAAGUUCGAUCUUGCCAAUGUCCUCUGGGACCAAGGCGAGAUGACCGCUUCAAUUCGCAUGCUUCAGCAGUUGAAGGGGCAAUACGACCUCCCCAAUCAAGCCAUUCCACUCAGUCGUGCUGAACUUCUCGUCACAUUGGGCCAUCAUGUGGCCGAGGCACGCUUAGAAAAACCCGACUUCAUCUUGCAAGAAUAUCUUUAUCCUGCGGUCAAAGACCUAAAGGGUAACACAGGAGAAGAGGCUGGUCGAGUCUAUCAUGGAUUCGCAACUUUUUGUGACGAACAACUUCGGAAUCCCGAUGGAAUAGAGGAUUUCAAGCGAGUCGAACAACUGCGAGAUCGAAAGGAGCAGGAAGUGGUUGACCUUGGAGACAUGAUGAAGAGUGCCACUGGUAAAGAGAGAGAAUAUCUCAAGAAUUAUCGGGCAAAAGCAAAGCAAUGGUUUGAUCUUGAUGACCGUGAGUAUCAACGUCUACUGAGAAGCCGCGAAGCCUUCCUCGAACAGUGCCUCGAGAACUAUCUUCUUUGCUUGCGGGAAUGUGAUACCUACAACAAUGAUGCCUUGCGAUUCUGUGCACUUUGGCUCGACAACUCGGCUAGCAAAACUGCUAACUCAGCUGUCUCUCGGCGACUCACCGAUGUCCCUAGCCGCAAAUUUGCGCCACUGAUGAAUCAGCUUUCGUCUCGACUGCUCGAUAUCUCUGAUGACUUCCAAUCGCUGCUCACGAAGCUGGUAUACAGGAUCUGUGUUGAACAUCCCUUCCACGGCAUGUAUCAAAUAUUUGCUAGUAGCAAGUCGAAAGGAGGCAAGGAUCAGUCAUCUCAGUCGCGCUUCCAGGCUGCGAAUCAACUUGUGAACCGGCUCAAAAACGAUAGCGAGAUUGGUCCCACCUGGGUUGUUGUUCACAAUGCGAAUAUCACCUAUGUGCGAUUCGCAGUCGACAAACCGGAAAGCAAAUACAAAAGUGGUGCGAAGGUUCCCUUGAAAAGCUUAGAUACCGGCGAAAAAUUAGCAAAAGAUAUCCCGGGUUACAAACUGCCGCCACCUACGAUGAAGAUCAACCUCCGAGUGGACUGUGACUACAGCCAAGUUCCAACAAUCUCAAAGUUCAGCCCGGAGUUUACCAUUGCUUCUGGUGUCAGUGCCCCGAAGAUUGUGACAGCUGUUGCAUCUAACGGUGAGAAAUUCAAACAAUUGGGAGGAAACGAUGAUCUACGCCAAGAUGCCAUCAUGGAGCAAGUAUUUGAGCAAGUCAGCAGUCUUCUCAAGGACCAUCAACCCACACGUCAACGUAACUUGGGCAUCCGCACCUACAAGGUUCUCCCCUUGACGGCCAAUGCUGGAAUCAUUGAGUUUGUUCCAAACACCAUUCCUCUCCACGACUACUUGAUGCCAGCACAUCAGAAAUAUUUCCCAAAGGACAUGAAACCCAACACUUGCCGCAAACACAUAGCAGAUGUGCAGACCAGAUCGUUCGAGCAUCGCGUCAGAACCUAUCGACAGGUCACUGAACAUUUCCAUCCAGUGAUGAAGUACUUCUUCAUGGAGAAUUUCAAUAAUCCAGAUGACUGGUUCAGCAGAAGGUUAUCAUACACUCGAAGCACAGCAGCGAUCUCGAUCCUUGGUCACGUUCUUGGUCUCGGUGAUAGACAUGGACACAACAUCCUCCUUGACGAGAAGACCGGAGAAGUGGUUCACAUUGACCUUGGUGUUGCAUUUGAACAAGGACGCAUUCUGCCUGUUCCCGAGGUCGUUCCAUUCCGCUUAACUCGUGAUCUGGUAGAUGGGUUCGGCGUCACCAAAACCGAAGGUGUAUUCCGACGCUGUUGCGAAUUCACCCUUGAAGCUCUCCGCCAGGAGUCAUACAGCAUCAUGACUAUUCUGGAUGUGCUUCGCUACGAUCCCCUGUACAGCUGGACUGUGUCACCUCUGCGCAUGAAGAAAAUGCAAGACGAUCAAGAGGCUGGAGAGGGGCCUCCAGUCCUGUCUGGUGCCUCUGAUUCAAAGAAUGAGCCCAGCGAAGCAGACCGUGCUCUGACUGUUGUAGCAAAAAAGCUAAGCAAAACCCUAAGUGUCACUGCCACUGUGAAUGAGUUGAUCCAGCAGGCAACCGACGAGAAGAACCUUGCUUUGCUAUAUUGUGGCUGGGCGGCGUAUGCAUGA